CUCAUCUGUUCGCCAGGUAUGACCAUAAUAUUUAGGUGAUAAUAUAAAAUAACAGAUAGUCGUGCGAUAAUAACACAUAUCAAAGUGGUUUAAGUGUAAAUUCGCGCGUCUAAGGACCUGCUGGUUUUGUUAGUGUUUAGCAUGCUAACGUUAGCUGGCUAACCAUAUGGUCUUAACUAACGUUAAUCUCAGUAUCUUCGCGCACUACCCUACAGGAACUCUUUAUGUAUCCGAUGAUUUAUAUCAGACAUGGUUUAUAAGCCUCUGUGCGUUGUUUUAAAUUCUAAAUUAUCGAAGUAUAUCGAUGUGUAGUUUGCAAUAGUGCUAACAGAGAAGCUAAUGGGCUAUCCAGCAUUGACAGCUAAGUUAGCCCAAAAAAGCUAAUAUUGAAAGUUUGUCAUCAAUCCAACAGAAUGGCUCGUGGACAUCAAAAAAUCCAGUCUCAGCAGAAAAACGCCAAGAAGCAGGCGGAGAUCAAGAAAUCCAAAGGCCACGACCAGAAGACCGCAGCGAAAGCGGCACUGGUGUUCACAUGUGCUGUCUGCAGGUCACAAAUGCCAGAUCCCAAGACCUUCAAGCAGCAUUUUGAGAGCAAGCACCCCAAGAGUCCUCUUCCCCCAGAGCUGGAGGGUGUGGAGGCAUGAGCGGCCCACACACACACACACACACCGGACUGGAGGCUGAGUGUAUAAAACACCACAUCGUAAGAGUCCUGAUCUCAGAUUUUAUUCAGCAGGACACGAUCGGCUCUUACCCGAGUUUUAUACAUGCAUCCUCCUCUUCGCCGCAGACAUGAAUCCCGUGGAUCAAAGACUGAUGACGUUUGGCUUCCCUCUCAACACUGUUUCAGAGCACUUGCCUUGGCUACGAUCAGAUCAGUGUAUUACCUCAACCUGCACUCACACGCUUUUCUUUUCUCAUCUCGCUGGUGUAAUUUAACAGAUGAAGAUGUUAGAGGAACACUACCAGUCAGUUGAUCAUCGAUAAUAUAAAUGUGGUAGUCUCAGACAUAUUUGUCUGCUUCUUUUGCUUGUUAGAAAAAGUCAUAGGUGAGUGCAAAUGGAUAUGGGAACGAUUUCCCUCUACUUGACGUUUAGCCUGGGCUGGGAAUUUCUCUCUCUUUUUAUUUUUUACUUUAAUUUUCUUUUUAACUAACUUUGAUUUACACCAAAAGAGAAAUCUCAAUUAGUCUAAUACAAACUUGGUUUUCUGUCCACUGUAGACUGGAAUCUAAUGCGUAUUCUGUAAAAUCACUGGAUGUGCCCGAGGUCACUGUAUUCUUAAUUUAAUGUUGCUGCAGAUCUUUUUAUUUCUCUUUGGAAUUGUCUCAAACAACGUCGCCUCAAUGUUUGAUAUUCCUGCUCAAGCCACCUGGUUUCCACACCAAUGUAAUAUAUCUCUUUAAUAAAGUUUAACUUUGUUUAAAAAAAA